UUUUGCGGUUCUAGAGGCGUUUAUUUAAUGUUAAUUGCUGUGUCGCCCUCUUACAGCAACAAUUAAUCCCUUCAAACCAUGGAAGCAUUGCUUCUUUAAAUUCAUCUUCUUCCUUUCCAUUGCUUCUCAGGAUUCACAAUCUUCUCUUCAAGCUUUGAUCCAUUCUCUCCUUCCCUCUCUCUUCAGAAGAAAAUGAAGAACAACAAUAGCAACACGAAGCUCAUCCUCCUCCACCCUUACAUCCAGAAGCAAGGGAGCUCGAACCGCUUAUGGCUCCUCGCAUUCGUCUCCCUCCUCACUAUGGUGUUCCUCGUCACCGUCAUCUACACCCGGGAGUCCACUGGUGCAGUUACGACCGCAGCCGCUGCAGUCCUCUCCUCCGCUUCGUCAGGGCCUGCCUUUAGUAGCUCCCCCUUGCCCACAACGGUCAUCAACACCCUCCUCCACUAUGCAUCCAAGUCGAAUGAUACUUUCCGGAUGUCGUAUGCGGAGCUUAAGCCCAUAUCUGACGUGCUGAGGAAGUGUUCGUCCCCGUGCAACCUCCUUGUCUUUGGCCUGAGCCAUGAGACCCUCCUCUGGAGGGCUCUGAACCAAAAUGGCCGGACGGUUUUCAUUGAUGAGAACCGCUACUAUGCUGCCUACAUGGAGCAGAUACACCCGGAGAUUGAAGCGUAUGACGUGCACUACGCAACGAAGAUGAGUGAGGAGGGAAAGCUUAUCGACCUUGCAAGGAAGAAUAUGCAUCAUGAGUGUCGGCCGGUGCAGAAUCUCCUCUUCUCGGAGUGCAGGCUUGGAAUCAAUGACCUCCCCAACCAUGUCUACGAGGUCGACUGGGAUGUGAUACUGGUGGACGGGCCCAGGGAAGACUGGCCCGAUGCUCCCGGGAGAAUGUCGGUGAUAUUCACAGCUGGAGUGCUCGCAAGGAGCAAGAAGGGAGGGAACCCGAAGACUCACGUCUUCGUGCACGACUUUGUCGGGGAUGUGGAGAGGGUCUAUAGCGAUGAGUUCCUCUGCAAGGAGAACAUGGUCGAGUCUAACGACAAGCUGGGGCACUUCAUCUUAGAGAGGAUGGAGCCGACCAGCGUCCAGUUCUGCGAGAACCGUACAUCUUCAUCAGCCUCAUCAUCUUAGGGCUCCUGGUCUAAGAUCACGAGCAGAUAAGGAAACAAAAUGAUGUGAAGACACAGAGAGCUGAUUAUUUAUAAUUCUGCGAAGCCUUAGAACUUCUAUUUUCUGCCUUUUUUCUUCUGUGAAAUUAUGGGUUUUCUGGAAAUAAUUUUUGCCAAAGCAAACUGUAGUUUCAUCAGCAAAUGGGAACAUUCAAUCAUUCACCUUC